CAAACGCACAGAGCACAGGCAGCAGAAGCUGCACAUUUUAAUUCACAUAGUGAGGACUUAAGAGCGGAGGAAGACAUCAGGAAACUGGUCACUCCUAAAUAUUUGAUCUACUAUCACUGAAAUUAGUCGUAUGGCCAAAUUAAUGAACAUGUAUUUAUUUCGUAGUCGUCAUUGUUAACGAGCCAACAUUGAUGGACAAAAUAAGCUACCCGAAAUCGGAUUCCGUUUGUUUUCCGCUUUCCAGGCAAGAUUUGAUGGUAACAGAAAAGUAUUUCUGCCAGUAUGCAAGCAGCUCUUUUGCAAUUCCAGGGCUGCUAGCUUGUUAGCUUGUUAGCUGCGCCGUGCGUGCGAGUCGUAUUCGCUGAUGUGAAUUGUCUGACCUCACUUUUUCUUUUACACAGCUGUGUGUGAAGGAGAUCGCGCCCGGGCUCUAGUCCCGGAGAGUUCUUUCACUGUUAAGUGUUGCCAGUAUGCAUUGCACAGCCCGUGGUACAUCGUACGCGGACCAAGAAAACCAGUUAAUGGUUUAUUUUGUUGACUAAAAUGGACGAGUCGUCGCUCUUGGAUUUACUCGAAUGCUCGGUAUGUCUGGAACGGCUGGACACGACCGCCAAAGUACUGCCGUGCCAGCACACUUUCUGCCGGCGCUGCCUAGAAAACAUUGUCUGCUCCCGCAAUGAGUUGCGCUGCCCGGAGUGUCGGAUACUGGUAGACUGCGGCGUAGAUGAUUUACCAGCAAACAUCCUCUUGGUACGGUUGCUGGACGGGAUUAAACAGCGACCGAGAAACGGAGGAAGACCUUCGCUGACCGGGGUAUCCCUCGGAUGUGCUGCUGGACUUUCGGCUUCUCCUCCGGGGACUGCGAUCAGAGACCUGCCCGUUGCUACACGGAGCUCUCCAGUCAAGAAUGUUCCCCAACUGCCCUGCGGGAAAGCUCUCUACAGCUAUGAGGGCAAAGAGCCGGGCGACCUCAAGUUCAACAAGGGUGACAUCAUCAUCCUGCGCCGCAAGGUAGAUGAGAACUGGUUCCACGGCGAGCUGAACGGCAGCCAUGGGUUUCUGCCUGCCAGCUACAUCCAGUGCAUCAAGCCCCUGUCCCAGACCCCGCCCCAGGGCAAGGCUCUGUACGACUUCCAGAUGAAAGACAAGGACCAGGACAAGGACUGCCUGACUUUCACCAAGGAUGAAAUUCUGACUGUGAUUCGGAGAGUGGACGACAACUGGGCAGAGGGAAUGCUGGGAGAUAAAAUUGGAAUUUUCCCCAUCCUAUAUGUGGAGCUGAAUGAAGCAGCGAAGCAGCUGAUGGACGUCAGUAAGCUGGUCCCGGCCCCGGGCCCCAGCGCAGAACCGGGGUCCCCGGGGGGCCCCUGCGCCGGGCCGCCCGCCGCCGUCAACGGCAACGGGCCCCACGGCAACGGGCCCCACGGCAACGGGCCCCACGGCAACGGGCCCAACGGCGCCAUCCACCGCCGUCUGGACGGCAAGAAGAACGCCAAGAAGAGGCACUCCUUCACCGCUCUGAGCGUGACCCAGCGCACCGCCCAGGCCCUCAACAACCGCCACUCCAUGGAGAUCAGCGCCCCCGUGCUCAUCAGCUCCUCUGACCCCCGCGCUGCCGCCCGCAUCGGGGACUGCCCCCACCUGUCCACCAGCGCCCCCUCACAGGACUGCUCCUCUCUGGCCGGGACGUCGGGCGUGGCCGUGGUCGUUCCCCCGCGGGUCACCUCUGUCGCCGGGGAGCUGUUGGCUGCCGCCAAAGUGCAGCUGCCGCUGAACAUAUACCUGGCCAUGUACGCCUACAAGCCCCAGAAGGCCGAUGAGCUGGAGCUGCGGAAGGGGGAGAUGUACCGUGUGACGGAGAAGUGCCAGGACGGCUGGUUCAAGGGCACCUCCCUGCGCAGCGGAGCUUCCGGAGUCUUCCCUGGGAACUACGUCACCCCUGUGUCCCGGGCCCCCUUCGCGGUGGGGCAGUCCCGUGCCUGCCUGGCCGGUUCGGCCCAGGUGGUGAAGGUGGUGUCCGGGUCCCCGGGGUCCGCUGGGCCCUCCAGCCCGGUGCUGCUGGGGUCCGGUUCCCGCCCCGCCAACCCCUCCUCUUCCCCUCAGCUCCAGCCCGCCACCGUGCACCUGAAGAACUGCCUGCGCCUGGCAGCCCAGAACACACCCGGUCAGGCACGGGCCGCCCUGCAGCUGGAGGUCGGCCGGCUGUUCGCACUUUGGGAGGCGGGGGGCAAUUAUGGAGCUUGGAACAUUCUGGAGGUGCACUCCAGGGGUCCCCUAAAGUCCCUCAGGCUGGGACAAGGACCCCUCCCGGAACAGCUGACAAGCGGGGUGUCAAAGUGCCUUUGGAGAACAUUCUGGAAGGGGAAAUGGGAUAUGAAGAAAGAGAAGAAGAGUGGAGGUCUGCUGAAGCUCCUCUCAGGCGCAGCGGCGAAGAAGAAGUCGCGCUCCCCGCCCUCGGUGUCGCCCACACACGACCCCCCCGCACAGGCGUCCGGCGAGGCAGGGGGGCAGGGCGCGGUCAGCAGCCACGGCCGGGCGGGGUCCUGCCCCAUCGAGAGCGAGAUGCAGGGGGCCAUGGGCAUGGAGCCCCUGCACAGGAAGUCUGGCUCCUUGGACCUCAACUUCUCUGUGUCCCCUCCUGCCCGCCAGGCCUGCUCCUCCCUGCUGGCCCUCCGGCCCGAACCCAUGCCCCUGUCCCGAGAGAGGUACCGGGUGGUGGUGCCCUACCCCCCGCAGAGCGAGGCGGAGAUGGAGCUGAAGGAGGGCGAUAUCGUUUUUGUGCAUAAGAAGCGUGAGGACGGCUGGUAUAAAGGCACGCUGCAGCGCACCGGGCGCACCGGCCUGUUCCCCGGCAGCUUCGUGGAGAGCUUCUGAGAGCGGGGUCCUUCAGGCACGCGCCGGGCAGCCCACCGGAGCGGGGGGACACGGCCCGACGUCCUUACAGACGCCUUCAGAAGAGGGCCUCUCUCGACGAGGGGCCCCGCUUCCUGUCACAUGCUAAGGGGCCCGACGACGCAGCGACCAAUCGGAAUGGAGCGCAGAGAGGCGGGUGGACUGGAGCCAUUUUAACUCACUGCCAUCGUUAUCAUUUGUGUUUUUAUGGCUGAAAGCACAAAGAACAUCUUCAGCUUGGUCACCUUCAGAGAGGGCACAGCCAGACUGUAGCAAGGGGGGGGUGGGGGGGAAUGAAGACGGGAUGGAAAGAAUGACCCCAUUCUGUUACGCCUUCGCAGUGAAGCCAGCUCUCAAACAACGGCCAGGUUCCAGCAGUGCCUUCCACUGGAGCCGCCCCAGCUCUGGCCCCGCCCCUCCAAAGCUCCACCCCCAUUUCCUCCUGUUACCCCUCCCAUCUCCAUCCAGCCCCUCCCUAUUUACACCCAGCCCCUCCUCAUCUCCAGCAAGCCCCUCCCCAUCUCCACCAAGCUCCUCCCCAUCCCCAGCAAGCCCCUCCCCGUCCCCACCAGGCCCCUCCCCCGCUGCAGAAGAGCUCAGACCUCCAGCUCCUCCUCCUGCCCCAGUUCCCGCUAGUGUAAAGUUUUGCUUUUCUUCUCCUGUAUUUCUACUGUAAGUUAUUGUGAAGCAGCUGCAGUGAUCUCUCAGUCCUCCCAUGGGUCUGUAAAGGAACAGUUGGCAGGACUGUAGCGUUCGCUCGGGGCCCUGUCUGUCCCCUCCGCAGAGGGGAAUUAAUGACCUGGUUUACAGGGUACACUCAGUCCUCAGCGCUAUUGUGUGUAUUCCUUUCCAUAGCCAUGUUUCAGGCCUUUGGUUGGCCUGUCUGCACAAGUAUUUCGCCCGCGUUCAGGUUGGGUUCUGAAUGAACAAGUGGUGUGUUGACCCAAUUGAGCCUCCUCACGGUGACAUAAAAGGCUGUAACCAUGGUUUUGACUUUGCCCUGGCAUUGUCUGUGGCCGUUCUUGUCCACACAUUUUUUGUGGUUGGCUUUUUUAUGCUUAUUUUCCCUCACACAAACGCGACCGUGACUCCACAAGCUACCGCACCGCGCUCGCAGUAUCUAAAGGAUGAUCGCAAAACGAAGUUGUUGCGUUGCGAACGCGUCUCCAGUGAACAUGCCAAAGACAGGUCAGGGAAGAAAACCCCUUAUGUUUUAAAGGCAGCAGUAAUGCUAAUGGGCAGUGAUCAGAUUGAGCGGAACACAUAAGCACAUCUUCAUUUUACCAGGACUGCCCAGUGGAGAGCACAAAUUCAAAAAGCACAAAUUCAAACUGCAGAUAAGGGUAAAUUAAAAACGUCUCUCAUUUGGUUCCUAUUUUUAUUAGCAUUUAAAAAGGCUGAGGCCUUUGUUGGGCAAAGCAUGAUGGGACUGUUGGCACUCCAGAGUCUCCCUUUUUGGUACCCAGUGUGGUUUCGCAUUACUGUCGAUCAACAAGCACAAAAACUUCUCCCCAUCAACAGUCACCAGUUCUAUUAACAGUUAUCAGAAAGGGAGGCAUUAACAGAGGAGGUUCUCUUUUCGUAAAAACAGGGAAGUGUUUUGGGUUAGGGGAGAAGGCUUUAAUGCUGCUACUUGCACAUGCAGUUGAGCUGAGAAGUCAGAAUAGUUCACUUUUAAAAAUGUAUAUGAAAUUGCAAUAUUAAAUGAGGUAUUUUUAUGGAAAGUAUUGUUGAUUGUCUGUGGCACAGCCCCAGAGCCCUGUGCGGUACAGCUCUGUGGGAGCUGUGUGUCACUUGGUGGUGGGUGUGCAGGUCUCUGUGGGAGCGGCUCUUCAUUAAAGGUCUGGGUGUGUGGAGGUCCCUGUAGCAGCGGCUCUUUGUUAAAGGUCUGGGUGUGUGGGUCCCAGUGGGAGCGGCUCUUCAUUAAAGGUCUGGGUGUGGAGGUCCCUGUAGGAGCGGCUCUUUGUUAAAGGUCUGAGUGUGUGGAGGUCUCUGUGGGAGAUGGCUCUUCAUUAAAGGUCUGGGUGUGUGGAGGUCCCUGUAGGAGCGGCUCUUCAUUAAAGGUCUGGGUGUGUGGAGGUCCCUGUAGGAGCGGCUCUUUGUUAAAGGUCUGGGUGUGUGGAGGUCCCUGUGGGAGAUGGCUCUUCAUUAAAGGUCUGGGUGUGUGGAGGUCCCUGUGGGAGAUGGCUCUUCACUAAAGGUCUGGGUGUGUGGAGGUCCCUGUGGGAGAUGGCUCUUCAUUAAAGGUCUGGGUGUGUGGAGGUCCCUGUGGGAGAUGGCUCUUCAUUAAAGGUCUGGGUGUGUGGAGGUCCCUGUGGGAGAUGGCGCUUUCUUUAAAGGUCUGGGUGUGUGGAGGUCCCUGUGGGAGAUGGCUCUUCAUUAAAGGUCUCGGUGUGUGGGUCCCAGUGGGAAUGGCUCUUCAUUAAAGGCUUGGCCGGGUGUGGAGGUGCGUUUUGCCUGCAGAGGCAGCUGCUGCUGAGAAGCAGCUCAUUAAUUUUCCGGGCAAACGGCCACGUCGUCACACGGACACACCGGGAGGAGUUUAAAGGGCUGUUUGUGAGCUGCAGAGCCAGAAACCGGCCUGCGAUUCAGUAAUGAACCGGCCAGCAAUCCUGACAACAGCCAACAAUGAGCUAAUCAGCAGACUGACCUGGGGCCAGUGACCAGCUAGCAAUGGGCUAACGACAGGCUAAGGACAGGCUGACCCAGGUUCAGCUGCAGGCCAGCAGCUCCUCUCUGAUAGAGACGGAGGUCAACAGUCAGUCUGAGCUCAUGGAGAUGGCCUGUCCCAGUCACACAGACACAUGACCUCGCCCUCACUCCCGUUGCCACAGCGACGGUGAGAAAGCACACCGGCUGGGUUAUUUUAUGUCAUCAGAACCCACGUAUAAAGCACAUUUCUCAAAGUUAAUGUAUGAUCAAUAAAAUGGAAUCUCCCUUCCAGAUUACAGUAAGGGCUCAUGGGAAGGUCUCCUCGCCUGCUGGCGGUAUCCAGCGCUCCUGCCCCGAUAACCUUGAGCGAGGGUCCGGGCGCUGUGUAUCUGGGCUCAGCUCGUUUCCCAGCCUCCCUGAUAAGCGCUCUUCAUUAGCCUUAUCGCCACAGACGUGGCCCAGGGCUUUAUGGGUAAUGCGGCUGAGGAGGCAGGCACAGGUGCUGGAAGGCGAGGCCGGAUUUAUGAUCCCUUUCCAGCCUCCUCCACCCCCCCCACCCCCCCUCAGCUGCACAUCGACGGAGCCCCUUCCCUUUCCCCCCCCCCCCCCCCCCGUCUUUGACCACGCGACACCAGUUUGUCACGACGUUAGCUUUGAGUUCCUCAAAUCGACCGAAAGUGUUAUUUCUGACCACGGCCAUUCUUCUUGACGAAGCGGUUGGGUUGUGCUGGGUGCUCAGGGUGGGCCUUUCUGCGGGUGGACUUAAAGCACAAGCUGACCUCUGCCAGUAGGGGGCACUGUUUCCUCUCAUUGACCCAGGCGACAGGGAGGGACAGAUCACUGCAGUCGGCCAUUUUGGUAUUUGUCGUUAUCCAGCGUUUCCCUCAGUCUGCGCUCAUUCACGUGGCCUGCGCUUGCGCUCUCUGUGGGGCAGAGACAAACUUUUACAAAGGAGGCCUGUUUGAUGCAUUCAUGCUUGAUUAUUCAGAACGAUUUUUACAUUAUUGCAAAAAAAAAAGAAAAAUAUACAAUGUGACGACAUUUUUGACAAGAGACUAAGGACGGCCAGAAGCCCCGCGGGGCGGAUCCUUCCCGCCACGCUGGUCUCAUGGCGACCCACCUCAUGCCCCAUGCCCAUUUCAGUCUUGUGUUAAUAACCCGUGGUUUGGUUGUUUAAAGUCAAGUGCAUUUUCCAGAAUAAAUGCCUUUGUUUUAAAA